UGAAAAAAAUUCUUAAUAUUUUGUGCGAUUAAUGAGAACCAUGCGCAUACUGCAAUGGCCAUGUUUUACGAUGCCCUUUGUUCCUAUGAGUUACACAGCUAGUGUAGUUUAAAAAAAAUCAUUUGUGGAUGCGAUAAUCUUUAAAUUGCAAUGCACGCUAAUUAGAAUAUGCAAGGGUUUGAAUCUCUAGUAUUAUAAUAAAAGUGUACAGAAAAUUAAAUAUAUUUUUAUAUAUAAACAAUUAUAUAUAAAAGUGUAAUACAAGAAAUAAUGUAAAGAAAAGGGUAAGUUUAAACUAAAAAUGGAUGUUCAUGGUAUUGGGAUUGUUGCUGUUUUGGGAACAGUUGGGGCUGCAACUGGGGCUAUUUCAGCUGUAAUUGUUUAUACAAUUUGUAUCAAACGCAAACGAUUAUCCCUUCUUGUUCCGGGUAGAGGUCCUCUUAAUUGGUUUGAAAAGGAUUUAUUAAAUAGAGCAGAAGAGACACUGUCAUCGAAAGAUAAUUUUGUUGGUUUAGGAUCUAAUGUCAAGUUAGAUCAGAAAAAUAAGAUUUCGGAAGAUAAUGAUGAUCAUUGUAACGACGAAGAAUGGCAAUCUAAUUAUGCAUUUGAUAGCAUUGCAAGCGAUUCAUCGAAAAAGGUUUUGCAGUAUUUAUCAGAGUCUGAAGAUAUUUCGAUAUCACCUGUCAGUUCUUUUGCACCGCUAUUACCAGAAGGAGCAGUGGCUGCUUCAGAAAAAUGCAUGGUAAUCGUUAAGUCUACGUCAAGAGGCAUGAUCGACUCGCAUUCUCGACUUAAUAGUACAGAGUGUGAGACAUCUAGCUACAAGCUGUCUUCUUCCUCAUCAAUGUCGUUGUCUGAUGAGAUCAGAGGUGAAUUGCAAAUAGGUUUAAUUUACGAUGCAAGCGCCGGUAUUCUUACUGUUAGACUUGUUGAGGCGCAUGAUCUUCACCCAAGAGAAUUAAAUGGUACCGCGGAUCCAUAUGGAAAAGUACGUCUAUUACCUGAUUGGAGUAAUGUAUGGCAAACUAGAAUACACAGGCGGACUCUCAAUCCUGUGUUCGACGAGGACUUCGUUUUCGAAGUAAUGCCCGAAUCAUUGACCGGAAGAACAUUGGAGAUUCUACUUUAUGACUUUGAUGCCUUCUCCAGACAUUAUUGUUUGGGUCAUGUACAACUUCCUUUAUCUGCAGUGAUCGAUCUUUUGGAUGCAACACUUACUCUUAUUACAAAACCAAUUCUCCGAUAUAGUAUUGAGAAUGGAUUCAAAGCACCAUCUUUGGGAGAGCUAAUGGUUUCUCUCUCAUAUCAAUUGUCUACAGAGAAAUUGACGAUUAUAGUUGUUAGAGCAAAAAACUUACCCAGUCUUAAUGACUCAACAAACGCGAAUCUAUAUGUGAAAGUAAGUAUUGUUCAAGAUGGUAAAAGUAUUAAAAAGAAGAGAUCUAGUAUACAGCGCGAAACAAUUAGUCCUGUGUGGAACGAUAUUUUAAGCUUUGAUAUUAAUAAUGAUAUAUUGUCCAAAUGCAUGAUAGAAUUUAUUAUUUUACGAGCAAAUGGUGAGCUUUUAGCUAAAUGCGAAGUAUCUAAUAAGUGUCAAAAGGAGCUUUUUCAGCGUGUAUUGUCAGGAAAAGGCGCAUCUGCACAAUGGUUACCACUGUCUAAAGCAGAAACUUAUUGUGAUGAUUUCACUGAAGUGAAACAUUAAGAACUUUAUAAAAAAAAACCGUCCGAUUUAAAAAUCAGUUAUUAAUCCUUUCGCUAACAAGAACAUAUAUCAAUAGAUAUUGAUAUUCAUGAUAUUUUGUAAAAAAUAUGAUUAUU